AUGAAGAUGUCACGAAGCCGCCUAUUGUUGCAGAGAAGUCGACAGCUGCUGUCAAGAGCGCGAAGCAGUCCGGGUCCUUCAUCAACACUAAUGCAAGAUCAAGCUAAGUCAUCACAGACUCCACGUCCUUCAGCAGCAAAAGGAAGAGCCUAUGUGAGUGUGGAUCCAAUUGCGGUUCGUCAUAGUCCUCGGACAGUGAGAAAGGUUAUCGGCUUGUAA